AUGGCAGGUGACCUGGAUAGUAGAAAAUCUACUUCAGGGUUUGUGUUUACAUUUGCAGGGGGAGCUGUAUCUUGGCAAUCUAAAUUGCAGAAAUCUGUUGCCUUGUCGACUACUGAAGCAGAGUAUAUUGCAAUGACAGAAGCAGGAAAAGAAAUGCUUUGGUUGAAGAGGUUUCUUCAGCAAUUGGGAAUGAAGCAGGAAAGGUACGAUAUCCAUUGUGAUAGUCAGAGCGCAUUGGAUUUGAGUAAGAAUGCGAUGUACCACUCUCGCACGAAGCACAUUGAUGUCAGAUAUCAUUGGCUACGUCAAGCAGUGGAAGAACAACUGUUAAAGUUGGAAAAGAUUCACACUGACAAGAAUCCUGCUGACAUGAUGACGAAAGUUGUAACAAGAGGAAAACUUCAGCUUUGUGCCGAGUUGAUCGGCAUGGAAUACAUGUGA